CGUAAUCAAAGGGUUAGAAAACUUACAACCACGAACCCCCCCUUCUUAUCUAUAUUAGAAAUUAGAUCCUUCACCAAACUAGGCUUAAGCAAAAGCACAAAGCAAAGUAGAGAUUCAUCAUCUUUAGUCUUCAAGACUCACUCGAAAGCAGAGCAAGCAAAAUAAUAUAAGAGAAGAUCAGAGCUAAGCAAUUCAAAGCAGAGCAGAGGCAAAGGGAAGCAAACAACCCAAGCCAAUUUUUUCUUUAGUUCUCUUUGAUGCUAUCUUGCGCCUAGCUACUGUCUUUUUUUUUUUACCAUUCUAUCGUGCGCCACUCAUGGGAGGAGAUGUAACCGGACCAAUCACCUCCGCCGUCGUUGCCACCUCGGCAGCCGCGGCUGCCCCACCCUUUGGUGGAGGCGCGGCUGAAUCUCAGUACGUUGCGGCGAAGACGUCGGUUUGGUGGGACAUAGAGAACUGCCAGGUCCCUAAACAUUGCGACCCGCACGCGAUCGCGCAGAACAUUAGUUCGGCGCUGGUUAAGAUGAACUACUGUGGGCCCGUUUCCAUCUCCGCCUACGGCGACACCAAUCGGAUUCCUUCUUCUGUACAGCAGGCGCUUUCAAGCACCGGCAUCGCACUCAAUCAUGUCCCCGCUGGUGUGAAAGAUGCGAGCGAUAAAAAGAUUCUAGUUGAUAUGCUGUUUUGGGCAGUUGAUAAUCCGGCUCCCGCUAAUUAUCUGUUGAUUUCCGGCGAUAGGGAUUUUUCUAACGCUCUCCAUCAGUUACGCAUGAGGAGAUAUAAUAUUCUCUUGGCGCAGCCUAUGAAGGCAUCAGCACCCCUGGUUGCUGCGGCCAAGAGUGUAUGGCUUUGGAUGAGUCUUUCAGCUGGUGGACCUCCGCUUUCGAGGUGUGAAUCAACUAAACUUGCUAAUGGUCACAAUAGUUUUAACCCUGAAAUGUAUAACCCGAUUCCUGAAGUGGUCCAGUAUAGUCAACCAAUGGUUUUCAGUUCUGAAAAUGGUACAUUGGGGAAUCAAAAUGUGCCUAGUUCUGGAAGGAAUGGCGAUAGCAAAUAUAAAGGGAAAUAUAUCAGGAAAACCCCCUAUCAGCCAAGCAUGUCAAGAGCCUCUAGUGCGCCAACAACUAUCAUUCAAGAAAAUACUAACAAUGGACACCCUUACCAUUCAGAAUAUUCACAGGCAAUGUCAUUUAAAAAAGCACCGCAUGAAUUUUAUGGUGGCAGUGACCCUGCUGUCUCUGCAAGCAAGUCUACUCCUAACUUCUUUCCUAGCAAUCCUAACCAUUCAGGGAGUAACAAUGGUAAUUUCAUGGGCAUCCAUCAAAAUCAUCAUCCUCAUUCAUUGAGGCCAAAUAACCUUCCUCUGCAACCAGUGUCUGCACAAGAUAAUUUGUUACCCCCUAAUGCACAAAGUCAUGGUUUCCGUCCAAUGCCUCCUAGAGUGGAGGGGCCUAGAUAUUUGGCCCCACCAAAUAUGCCUGAUAUUGGUAAGUUAAAUUUUUCUCAGCAGUCCAAUUAUGCUCAAAAACCUUCUAAUUUUCCCCAUCGAAUCGGAGAAGAGUUUAAAACAAGCUCUAUCGAUUCAUUGCCUAAUCAAGGUAUCUUAAGUGUACCGCAAAAGAGCCAUGUGUCGCACAACAGCCAAGCAAGCCAGCACAUUAGUAAUAGGUAUCCGCGUGGCCCUGAAUUUCUACCUCCAUCAUCCUCACCAAUUUCUAACAAUGGCACUUGGGGAGCUCAAGGACGCUCACCACCAUCUGAAUAUGUGCAAGGUCUAAUUGGUGUUAUCUUACUUGCAUUAAACACACUGAAAAACGAAAAAAUUAUGCCUACUGAAGUGAACAUUACUGAUUGCAUUCGUUAUGGAGAUCCAAAACACCGCAAUACUGAUGUAAGGAGGGCUUUGGAUAGUGCAGUUGAGCAACAUAUGGUAUUGAAGCAAACUUUAGGUUCAAUGCAGUUGUAUGUUGGUAGAAAUGAGAAACUAUGGAAGUGUGUCAAUCCUAUUGGUGGGAACCCUAAUCAGUACUCGAAGACGACAUGGGAGGGGAUACAAAAGUUUUUAUCAUCCCCUGCUGGACGAUCAGCAAUGAUGGCUUCUCAAUGCAGAUAUGAAGCGGCUUUGGCUUUAAAAAAGGCAUGCUUGGAAGAAUAUGCUUUAGGUGAUGCUCUCCUGAUCUUGAAUAUGAUAAUUUCCAUGAAGAAAUGGAUUACACUUAAUCAAUCAGGAUGGCAACCAAUUACAGUCACCCUUCCAGAGGCAGAGUCGAUUACUGAAACGGGUACUGGAACUGCUGCUUGAUCUGAUCAAGAGUAUUUUUGGUACUGAAAGUGAUUCUAAGGUGAUGAAAGACGAUAAGCAUUGUGUUUGGGGGGGUGGGGGGAGGGGGGGGGGUGGUAAGAAACAAGGGUACUUAGGCAAAAAAACACAAAUAAUCUAGUAUCAAGAAAGGUGGUGGUGGGGCUGUGAUAUUUGGAUCAUGACGAAAAUAAGUAGGAAUAGAUUUUCAAUCAUUUCAUGUAUUUGUUUUGUUUUUUUUUCCUUUUAUCUCGAUUUGCUGCGAUACUAUAUCGGGGAACUGCAGAAGGGGAAAAGGGUUUAAGAAGAAGAUGGAGUUAGGCUGGAAAUGAUCAGGAUCAAGGGUCAGAUUUAAGUAAUGAAUUCAUUCUCUGCGACCAUGUGGAUUUGGUAUAUGUACGAGCUAUCGCUAGUAUGUUUGGUUGUUGCUGGUAUUGAUUGAGAAGUCAUAUGCUAAAGGCUUUCUUCUCUCCAGCGCAAUUUAUUCAGAAUUUUACUGCUAGGGGUAGUUGUAAUCUUUUGUUUGUUUCGGCAGAUGCUUACAUGUUGCUUUAUUGAGCUUGGUUCUAGUUUCAGCUUGUGUAUAUACCAUCUGCAGUAUCUCCACCCGUUUCAGCUUUAUUUGAGAUAUAGCGAGGCUUCCGGAUCCUGUCAGACAGGUUCUUGUUCAGUUGCUGCUUUAUAGUGAUGGAAAUGACAAAAAGUGGCAAAGAUUCAUGCGACUCUAGACCUUAUCAAAGCUGUCAAAAUGGAACUUUAUUUAUUCGGAGGUCAUGGAAUGUUAGUAUGAUAAGGGAGUUUUAUUCCUGGCGCAGUACAUUGUAAGUAAUUUUUAAGCCUUUAUGGGCCAAAAUCAUGGCCACUACUACUAUGAAAAACUGAAGUGAAUUGUAUUAGCAUGAGCCUUGGAAAUGGUUGUUCUUGUAUCCUUGAUUCCUUGAAGUACAUACUUGGAAAAUGUUUUACAUUGAAUGGAUUUGGCUAGUUGCAAUUUGUA